UGUAAAAUGAUUAUCAUAUUAUUAUUUGGAAAGGAAAUUCGAACACCCAGUGACAUUAUGCACAAUAUAAAAUGGAUUUCACACACCAUGGAGUACGGCGGAUCAAAUGGUGUUAAUAGAGUUCUGGUUAAACAGAUUGCUAUAAAAAGAGUUGCAUCUGUUCUACAAAACUUACAAGUGAGUAUGGCAGAGCAAAUGGUGUUAAAUGGGCUGAGGAAACAACAGAAAGAGAUUAAAUUGAGUUUGCUGUAUGACAGUCAUGGAUCAGAGAUCUUCGAAGAGAUUACAAGUCUCCAAGAGUAUUACUUGUUCAAUGAAGAAGUCCAGCUUUUGAAAGACAAGGCAGUGGAGAUAGCAGAGGCCAUUACUCCUGGAAGUUUGGUUGUUGAAUUGGGUUGUCGUGAUGCUCGUAAGACUGCUCCUUUACUCUCUGCUAUUCAACAUGUUCAUGGAAGAUGCAGGUAUGUUGGAAUUGAUGUUUCGGAAAGUGUGCUGAAUGAGGCUAGAAGAAGCCUGGCAGAGCUUGUGGCAGGACUAGAACCUAGUGCCAUAGAAUUUGCGCAUGCAGAUUUUAUCAAGGGUUUGCACCAGGUGAAAAGCUGUUAUCCUGAACAGCAACUCUGCCUUGUAUGGCUUGGAAGCAGUGUUGGCAAUUUGACAAGGGAAGAUGCUGUAAAAAUUUUCAAGGAUGUUUUCGAAGCUGUGGGAUUCACUUGCCAACUACUUGUCUCCAUGGAUAUGUGGAGGAAUCCUGAAACCCUUUAUUCAGCAUACAAUGACAAGAAGGGAGUAACCGAGCGCUUCAUCAAACAUAGUAUGCAGAAGGCACUGUCCUGUAUUGGAUAUGCACCUGAUGAGGACUCGGUACAAUCAUGGUGUUAUGAUGUGGAGAUUAACAAACUUCUUAGAAGAGUAGAAAUGUACAUCUCCUUUCCCCAAGGUUUGACUCUUAAUAAACAUCAGAUCCAAAUCAGACCCAGGGAGAGGAUUUUGGUCGAAUUCUCCACAAAAUACAGUGCGGAUGAUAUAAAAUUUGUUGCAACCAAAGCCUACUGCCAGGUGCCUAGAUGUUGGGGAGACAGAUCAGAUUACACCUGUCAAAUAUUCCUGCCUGUCAGUCAUGCUUUGGUGCAGUGCUGGAGGGACACUGAUAAACUGUUUGCAGGCAUCUUGGAUUGGAACUCCAAGCCAAUUGAUCUGCGACAUCCAUAUAUCUUCUACUAUGGUCAUGUUUGUGUCUUCACAAAGAUAAAAAUGAUAGCAAACCAGGAAGAAUCAGAAUUGGAUACCAUAUUUUCAAGAGGAAUUGAUCCCAAUGUCCUGGAUCCAUCGCAGUGCCACAGCCAUCCAGUUAUACCCUCAACAUGGCCCUCAAAGGAAGUUGUGAUUGACUAUGUCAGAAAAACAAGAAUAUGGAUACAGAAUGAGGUUGCAAAGGGAAAAAUGGAUACGAGGGUUUUUUCCCUGGUAAUUGAGCAUGAAAGAAUGCAUCAAGAAACCCUGACCUACAUGGUAGUCCAAGACAGGAAAAAAUCAUUUGAGAACAAAACAGUAGCUAUUAACAACCCACAGAAAGACAACAUGUUUUCUGACAUCCUCUUGCACAAAAUUUCCAGACCAGACAUAUCAAUUGAAGCUGGAGAUGUCACUUUAGGGCAAAACCCAUGUGAUAUAUCUACAUUCAUAUGGGACAACGAAAGCCCACCAUUUCAUACAAAAGUUUCCGAGCCAUUUCUUGUAGCUGCAAGGCCUGUUUCUAUUAAGGAUUACCUCGCCUUUAUUGUUUCUGGAGGCUACAAAAUCAGGAGGUUCUGGAAACAGGAGGACUGCACCUUCUUCUCUGAGAAUGGAUUUGUCCAUCCAGCAACAUGGUCUUUGGUGGGCACUGAGUAUUACAUCCAUGGCCCUGAGUCAAUCAAGCAUUGGACUGAAGUGGCUGAGGAAGCUGUGUAUGUAAGCCUCGCAGAGGCUGAAGCCUUUUGCAAGUGGAUGGGUUGCAGAGUGAUGACAGAAGCACAGUAUCACAGGAUUUUGGACUGUGACAAGCAUGGAAAGAAGGUUCUAAGUAUGAGAGGAGGUGGUUGGGAGUGGACUAGCACAGAGUUUCGCCCAUUUCCUGGCUUUAAGCCUAUGCCAGAGUAUGAAGAAUACUCUGCUGAUUUUUUUGAUGGGAAACAUUAUGUUCUCAAGGGGUACUCAGAUGUGACCCAUGCAAGUAUGUACAGAGAUUCGUUCAGGAACUUCUAUCAACGUCAGUACAGAUAUGUAUUCUCAAAAUUUAGAUGUAUUCUUUCAGCUUGUGAUGGGUAUCAGUCACAGCUCCAUUGAAUGUAUUUAGACGGUAGGUUCUGUAAAUUCUAGACCAGUGUAGUAUGUAUUAGACUUCGACUUGGAA